CUAAUUGAUCUCUGACAGGUAAAUAAUUGUUUCAGAGUAGCACUAGCUGAAGCCAAAGUGAAACUCCUUUGCCUUACAUUGUGAAGAUCCCACACCUUCGAACACAAGUUUCAAUUUGAACACACAAGUUGUAUUUACAACGAAUCUCGAGUUUGAAUGCAACCAAACCACCUGUCAAAUUCAAGCAUUUACAAUUUGAACUUCCUUAGCUAAUUGAAUCACUUUGCAUCCAAAUUAAUUUUGGUUUUCUUCUCGAGUACGAACUUCUGCAGCAUCUCCGCGCAAUCAGGUGACAAGUCUACAGCGGAUCCCCUAGGGCAUGGACUCAAUUCAUCCAAAGCUUGUAGAACCAAUCAGAGGCGGCGCGGAACAAAGAAGUCGCACUUGUCGAUGGUUCGGAGAAUGCAUUCGACUCUCUCACAGUAAUUGAGAUUGAUGUAGUUGCAGAGCAACAAUUCUUCUCAGCCUAAUGACUGGUGCUGGGUCAACACUAAUCUUGCAUUGGAAGACCUUGAUUCUGCCAUGGAAAGACUUAGCUUGUCCAUCGUGUCUCAAGAAAACUCAGCAGCAGCAAAUAGUGUUGACCCUCAUGAAUAUACUUUGACUCAUUCCACAUUGGAGGAAGCUUCUUCUGAGCAUGGGAAUCGGAAUGUUAUGAAUAACUAUAAUAAUGGGGCCAUUGUUCAAGGUGCUCUUCUUACUUCAAGCCAUGACUACAACGGCUUCACUAGUACAGAACAAGAGACUCAUGAUGUUGAGGAAUCAGUUGCACAAAGACUCCGAGGUAUCAGGGGACACAUGGUUACACUAGCAAUGGAUCAGUGGGGUUGCCGUUUUCUUCAGGCCAUAAUUGAUAAUGGCAUUCCCCAAGAAAUUGACAUGAUUCUCGACGAGGUGGAGGAUCACACACACGAGCUUAUGACUCAUCACUUUGGUAAUUACCUAAUUGAGAAGUUUUUCACAUCAGGAAAGCUCACUUUUUAUCAAUUUCAAAGGAUUCUGCUUUGCGUCGUCAUGGACGUACAGUAG